GGGAUAUGACGUCAGGUUGUUGUUCCCGGUAACGUGCGUCUCCUCUAGUCAGUUGACAUGGCGAGAUAGUGGUUCACUGAAAACAUCAUCGGUUAUUUAAGUGAACCAGGCGGUUUUGUGUAGUAUUUUUUUGUGGUUUUAGUUCUAUGGAAGCGGAUCUUAUCGAAAAGAUGCCGUGCCAUAAUCAGCAGCUGAAUAACAGUGAAAGCCCCGAACACGCCGCGAAGCACGUCCGCUUCGCCCGCAGCAGCGCUGCUGCCGAGACCCGUCAAGAUGACACGGAACCGUGUGAAAACCAAACCAUGAGCGACAUCCAUGGACAAAUAGGACCUCAGCUGAAACUCUUGCCAUUAAAUGACCAAAUACGAGAACUUCAGACUAUCAUUCGGGACAAAACUACCAGUAGAGGUGAUUUUGUGUUCUGUGCUGAUAGAUUGAUAAGAUUAGUGGUGGAAGAGGGUCUCAAUCAGCUUCCAUAUAGUGAAUGCACUGUAACCACACCAACAGGGCAUAAAUAUGAGGGUGUGAAGUUUGAAAAGGGAAACUGUGGGGUUAGCAUCAUGAGGAGUGGUGAGGCCAUGGAGCAAGGCCUGAGAGAUUGCUGCAGGUCAAUCCGUAUUGGGAAGAUUCUGAUCCAGAGUGAUGAGGAGACACAAAAGGCCAAAGUUUACUAUGCAAAGUUUCCUCCUGACAUCAGCAGAAGGAAGGUUCUGCUCAUGUACCCUAUUCUCAGUACAGGCAACACCGUGAUAGAAGCGGUGCGGGUGCUGAAUGAACACGGCCUGCAGGCCAAACAUAUCAUACUACUCAGUCUAUUCUCCACUCCACACGGUGCACGGUCCAUUGUUGAGGAGUUUCCUGACAUCACUAUACUGACAACUGAAGUUCACGCUGUCGCUCCGACACAUUUUGGCCAGAGGUAUUUCGGCACAGACUGACAAACCACCAAUUGCGCACAAGUUCACUUGGAUUCGGCUGGAGUGGCAUGCGAGUUUUAUUUUGUUUUCUUUUUUGCUCCAUAUGGUAAAGCCUGCCCAACCCACAGCAAGUGUCCGUGUGAGUGUGAGAUUGGUUGAUCAGGGCUGGCCUCUGUAUUUUUUUGGUUGUUGUUAUGUAUUUAUCCAUGUUUAAUGUGAGCAAAUGGAUCAAGUGAUCUUUUAAAACCAUGUGCUUAUCCACGAUACCACCAGGAUUAAAACAAACUGUGUUGUAGAGCGUUCCUGAACAGUCUAGAAUAAUUCAAACAAAAGAAAAUUACAAAUAAAAUAUUUUGUAUUAAA